CCCCUAUGAUCCCGCUGAAAUGCACCAGCCAGCAUUUGAUGUCCUUGUCCAAGAACGCCAGGCCUAGUAGCCCAAGAUAUAUGUAUUGUACAGCACAUGUAUAUAGUUGUAAGUACCUUGGCUAUAGCGAAAUACCCUCCAGGUCCCGCGCGAUAAUCGCCAUCUGCGCCCUCUUCGCGGCCUCUGCGACGAGAUUAAAAUCCUGCAGGAAUGUCGCCGUGGUGUUCUGCCCGCAACCAGCAGGAUGUGAAGAGUAUUGCGACGCCGGGUGGGGGGCUCUGGGCACCUCUUGUUGCUGAGAGGUUGUAUUUGUCGGGGCUGUAUGGGUCGUGUAGUGGAAGCUGGGUGAAGAGGAGUGACGUUCCCCAUAAGGUUGCUGCUGGGAAGCCAUUUGGAAGAACUGGUAGUGGCCGAGGGAGAAUGGUCUCUUGAAGAUAAUCGAUUUGCGUCCGAGUGGGUAGAUUCAAUAGAUGCUCGCAGUUCUAUGUUGCAGCAGAUGUAUAGAGGUCAGGAAGAAGAUCGCUGGUCAAUGGGUUUAAAUUAUCCAGCAUUUGGUGUCAGCAGCGGCGUGGAGGCACGAGGCACGAGGCACGAGGGGAAGGGGAAGGUGAAUCCUGCUUCGCGGGAGGGCGGCUUGGGGUUUCCCUGGUCGUUAUCUCAGCUUCAUCAACUCUAG